AUGAAUCAGGGCGGUAGAGGGCAGCGGGCUGGCCCUCUUCGGAGCCGUCCGGAGGUAGAGCCCGAUGGGGAUAGCUGCGGGGCGAGCGGCGCAGCCCCCCAAUAUGGCACCGUAAGCCCAGAUUCGAAUCGAAUGAGAAGACCAAGAAGAAGUACCAUCUUGGACGGGAUAAGAAACCGUUCCGCUGAACUUACAAGAAGAGACGGGAGAACUUGCUGGACAGAGGAAGAAAAUAUUCUCCUAAUGAGAGUUCAUUAUAUAGCAGAGGAUCUUCAACAAACUUCCAACAGAACAUACCGAGAGAUACUCACUACAACGUGGAAUGAUAUCAACCCGAACAAGAUAUCAUACCCAAAUCUCCUCUCAAACAGAGUCCGAUGGAUCCUUCAAAAUGCAAAGUUCUCAAGUGUUGAGCUGGCAAACAUCAAAAGAAGCUACAGACCCCACACACCAACACCAACCCAAGAUCUCACAGAAACUGAGGAAGUCAAUCGAGAAAACCAACAUGAACAAAACCAUCAGAUAAAAAACACCAGCAAAGUCUUAAACAGAUAUUUGCAAUUGUAUAGCAAAAUCUCCCCCCAAGAUAGACCUGGAAUCCCGAGACUAAGAGGAUCUCGAAAAAUCUUUGAAAGCGUGAAAAGAACAAACGAAGUCAUAAGAAUGCAUAUAAACAACAACUCAACUCUUGAAGAUAUUGUGGAUUUUGUCUAUGCCGGAGCCAUCACAGUGUGUGAAGAGAACAACAUAGGACGAAAAACAAAGAAACGAGAGACGGAAACACAAAAAGACCCUCCAUGGAAAGCUCGUCUGGAAAAGAAAAUAAACGGUAUUAGAAAAAGAAUUGGCACACUUCAUACUUACCUAAACACCACUUCACCAUCUAGAAAGGUAAUUAAAAGAGCACUCCACAUUGCAUCGGUAUCAAACAUCAGCAGAGAACAACUUAAGGAUCGCCUCACAGUAGAAUGCGACAUUCUGAAACAAAAAGCGAAAGCAUUAGGAAACCGAUUGAGGAGAUACAAUGAGAGGGUCAAACGAUACAGAAACAAUAAUCUUUUCUAUAAAAACCCGAAACAAUUUUACCGCACACUUGAAACAACAACAACAACAACAUCUGAGCAAAAACACCCAACAAAGGAAAGCAUACAGUCAACAUGGGAAGAAAUAUGGAGCAGGAAUGAGGAGCAUGAUGAUGACGCGUUUUGGAUAAGGGAAGCAGAGGAGGAAUCAAGUGGAUACAUUAUGGAAGAGGAAAACAUUACUGAACAAGACAUAAAAACGGUUUUAAAGAAAACAAAUAACUGGUCUGCACCGGGCCCGGAUGGUCUACACAACUAUUGGUGGAAAUACUUCACCUCAACACAUACAUGUCUAGCAACAGUAUUCCAAAAAGCCCUAAGUAAGCCUUCACUCAUACCUGACUUCUGUACACUUGGUGUAACGCACAUGAUACCCAAGGGAACGAACAGCGAAGACCCCAAAGACUAUCGACCUAUCACAUGUCUACCCACGGUAUAUAAAAUAUUGACAGGAAUCAUUACGAAGAAAAUAUGGAAACAUGUAGGAAAAUACAAAAUAAUGGCACAGGAACAAAAUGGGUGCAGAAAAGAUGCGAGGGGAUGUAAGGAAUUAUUAAUAAUAGACACUCUAAUAACAAAACAGGCCAAGAAGAAACAACGGAAUUUGUCCAUGGCUUGGAUUGACUAUAAAAAAGCCUUUGAUUCAAUACCACACUCGUGGCUACUCAAAACCCUGAAGCUCUACGGUGUAUCUAAGGCCAUAAUCAACCUACUUAAACAUCUUAUGGAUACAUGGAGAACAAGACUACAUGUAAAAACCAACAGUAGCAACUAUACAACAGAUGAAGUCAACAUUCGAAGAGGAAUUUUUCAAGGGGAUAAAUUGAGUACCCUAUGGUUCUGCCUAGCGAUAAACUUCUUGAGUAAGCUCCUAAAUAAAUCCAGCUAUGGUUAUGUCAUUGAGAAACGAAACAACACUAAAAUAAACCAUCUCCUUUACAUCGACGACCUGAAGCUUUUUGCUGCGAAUGAAGAUCAGCUCCUAAGGCAACUCAAAAUUGUAACAUCAUUCACAAAAACCAUAAAAAUGGAAUUAGGACUAAACAAAUGUGCUGCUAUACAUGUUUAA